AUGAGUCUGGUGCAGCAGGAGCGGAUUUUUAUGGAGACAACCAAAAACAACAGAGAACAUCCGAUGGAUUGGAACGUCUACCACAAUACGGCAGACGUCGAGAAGUUCAUAAACUGGGUGAAGGAAAUGGGAGGCUGCUUCGUGCAGGUGCUAACGGCAGCCACCACGGAGGAGGGGCGCCAAGUCCUGGUGAUUAAAGUCACAGAUCCAUUCUCCGAUGAACCCAAGACAAAGAUCUGGAUCGAAGCUGGUAUCCAUGCUCGUGAAUGGAUCUCUCCUGCCGUCUCUCUGUAUAUCCUGAACCUUCUGAUUACAGACGAUUCUUGGCGAGACCUGCUGAAGAGGACGGAGUGGUACAUCGUGCCUGUCGUCAACCCGGACGGCUAUCAUUACUCCUUCACCUCCGAGAGUGCCAGGCUGUGGAGAAAGAAUCGCCAGACCCACCUUGAUAGAGGGUGCAAAGGAGUGAGCCUGAUCCGUGACAUGGACUUGGAAUGGAGCUUCAGCACUCCAUUCGACCCUUGUAGUGAGACUUACAAAGGCGUCACACCCUUCACUGAACCAGAAACCCGAGGUCUCCAAGCAAUCAUGGAAACAGUGGGUGGCAUUGACCUGUUCAUAGCUUUCCGAGGCUAUGGCCAGUCUAUCGUUUAUCCUGUGUUGCGGAAUGACAUUCCUCCAGCAAACAUCCAUGAACACGAAGUUCUGGCUAUGGUAUUUGUUCAUGCCGUGAGCUAUACGUCUCGUGGACAUAUCAAUUAUGAGAUAGGCCAAUCAGGACCACUGUACGGUCUAACCUCUGAAGACUUGGCACCCGAGGCACAGAAUAGGUUCAUAUAUACCAUUGAUCUCCCUUAUAAAGGGAGAUAUGGACUUCUUCAUUCAGAGAGUAAUAUUAGCAGCACUCUGAUGGAGACCACUGCCGGUAUCAUGUGCAUGGUCCGUCAUAUUACUAACACGGGUCACUGUACCAAUCCUUAG